AAACAAAAUAAAAAAGUUUUUUGUAUGACAAGUUGAUGCACUGAUUAAUAUUUUUGCUAAAAUAAAUAACCUAUUUUUAAUGGUUCGGUGCUACUUUAGUGGAGGAUAGUUUUAUAUUUUUAAAGGCUUAUAUUUAAGGAACAAAAUGAGUUUUUUCUUUGGAGGUCGGUCUAACAAAACUUUCAAACCAAAAAAAAAUAUUCCUGAAGGAACACACCAGUAUGACUUGAUGCGCCAUGCUGCUGCUACCCUGGGCUCGGGUAAUCUCCGACUGGCUGUCAUGCUGCCUGAGGGCGAAGACCUGAAUGAGUGGGUUGCAGUAAAUACGGUAGACUUCUUCAAUCAGAUCAACAUGCUGUAUGGCACCAUCACAGAAUUCUGCACGGAGGAGUCGUGCGCGGUGAUGUCUGCAGGGCCCAAGUACGAGUACCACUGGGCGGAUGGCCACACCGUCAAGAAACCCAUUAAAUGCUCGGCACCCAAGUACAUAGACUACUUGAUGACGUGGGCGCAGGACCAGUUAGACGACGAGACAUUGUUCCCUUCCAAGAUAGGAGUACCAUUCCCGAAGAACUUCCUGUCGAUGGCGAAGACGAUCCUCAAGCGGCUGUUCCGCGUGUACGCGCACAUCUACCACCAGCACUUCCCCGAGGUGGUGCAGCUGGGCGAGGAGGCGCACCUCAACACCUCCUUCAAGCAUUUCAUAUUCUUUGUGCAGGAAUUUAAUCUGAUCGAACGACGAGAGUUGGCGCCGCUACAGGAGCUAAUCGAGAAGUUGACCGCUAAGGAGGCGCGAUGAGUACUAUGUACUACUGUCUGAGGUCUGAGUUUAAGUUUUCAAAUAAAAAAGAGGGCGGCGACUACCUAUCUAUCUAAAUUUAUAUGGACAAACAGUCAAAGAUGAUGAUUAACCGUCCAUAGAAAAUAACAGAUAUUGUAGAUGGUUAAAACCAAACCAACGGCGAUGUGAUAGUUUUACUUGAAAACUUAUACACAGGACUAUGACUGCGAUAUUGUAAACCGACGGCAAAAUUCAGAUGCUCAAUAAAUAUCAUAUUUGAUGUCAAGGUAUUGUGAUACUUAUUGAAUGCUUGAAUUUUACCUUAAUCGAAUAAUUAUAAAAUACCGGCCUUGACGACUUUCUCUACCAUUGCAGAUGUAAACCUCAAGUGACGGUCAUACUAUAGCAAACCACUUAACUGAUCUGAUCUACUGCGCGGUAUAGGGCUGCGGGGUAGGAUGACAGAGGGGAACGACCGGGGAGCGGGAAGGUAUACUAGCGUCUAUCAAUAUUUUCGAAUAUAUUAAUUUAUUAUAAAACACGGCUAAAACUCACGUAAUGCAAUGUUGGAGAGUCCACCACUUAGCCCCUCUCCCAACGCGCGAUGCGAGCGGCUGCGCGCCUCGCCGUUGCUUCGCAGUUAGGAUCGUGCCGCGUUUCAAGAACCAGUUCAUGACUAAGGAUCACGUAUGGGUUCGAAAAACUAGUCGGGCAUACUCCGAAGUUGCAUUACGUGAGCCGUGUUUUAUAAUAAAUUAAUAUAAAUAACACUCACAAUAGUUUAAAUUCUAAAAUUUUUGAAUAUAUCUAUAUUUCUAUACUAAAAUAAUAAAGAGCAAACCGCUUCUUCUAGUAUUACUAUAUAUAUUUAAUUUAUAUGACGAAAACGUCUACAACUUCGCUCCAUUGUCAACCCCGCACCCCUACACCACGCGGGCGAGGAUUCCAAGUAGGUUGUCUAUAAUGUAAAAAUAAUGUAAUCCAUAGAGCGUGCACCGUACACUGACGUUCAGCAUUCGCAUCAACCAGAUUUGUUGUUUUUAAGCCGCUUCUUGUAAUUGGUUGGACGUCAAACGCAAUUAAAAUUGUCCAUCUUAGUCUAUGGAAAGUUUAUAUAUGGAAUCUCUGGUGUGUUUUAUAUGAAUUUAAGAAUCAUCUUUUAGGAUCAUAGAUUGAAAAUAGUAAAAUUAUUGCAUUCACAUAAUAUUAAUAUGUUUUGUACAUUUUUCAUGUAGACUGGUUUUUUCAGAAGUAAAAUUUUGGAAAAGUAUAAUGAAAUUAAUUUAUUUAUCUAUGUAAUGAAAAUCAAUUUAUUGGCUGUACUUAAUUUAACUUUCCCAUUUAUAUUAAACAAAUGCCUUGCUUAAAUUAAUUAAUUAUGUUUUAGUAGUGGAUAUUCUGAACUAACAGGGAACAUCUUUUUAUUGAAAUUUUUUUGUUGCUUUAAGGGUAUUUGGCAAUCAACUUCUUUCGAUCAUAGUACUCCUCAUCAUACUAAAGUAUGACUUUACAAAAAUUUAUCAAUUCAACUAUAUUGGUAGAUAUAUAUAUAGCUAUAUAUUCUAAAAUAUAUUUUUCUUUGUGUUUAAUAACAUUAUAUAAAGAUGUAAUUUAAAAAUCUUCAUAAAUAAUUCUGACGUGAAAUAUGUCUGAAGCAUUGUUGAGAACUGAAAUGAGUAUACUUUCGAAUCAUUUAUGUAGCCUAGCAAUUUACAGAAGUUAUAUAACUCAACAUGUAAGCUUCCAUACUUUUCCAUUUACUUUUCUUGGAUUAUAACUAAAUUAGCAUUGCAAAUUAAAUCGCCUUUCUCUAUAUAAUAUAUAUAUAAGGCUAAAAUUGUUCUCAAAUAAUUUUUCAUUUUCAUGUUGCAAUAUCCAUUACAUACAGAGCUAAUGAAAUCUUAACAUAACAUAUAUGGGGUCGCCAUAAAGCGUUUUAUAGAGACUUACCGAUUUUUUGAAGUGUAUUAAUAUACUAAUGAAUAAUAAUAUUAUAUUUUGUGAAUGAAAUUGUGAUAUGAGCUAUUUGGAGACUGGUCGAGACUCGAGCAUGAUUCUCAUUGGCUUGGGAUGCCUUCAGGGAAGUGAUUAUGUAGGCCUAGACCUUAACUUCGUAACGAAAGUUGAAUCUGCUGUAAAUAUUUGAAAUAAUGAUGACCAAAUAUGAGUGACCUUGAGACAUGUUUUCUUACUAACUUUAGAUGUUUUUGAAGAUUGAAUAUUCUAACUCGUAUUAUAUAUCCAUGUAACUUUCUACCUUUUCUUGAGGCUUCUUAAUGCGGUUUAAGCUAAUAGUUGUUUUGAAUGGAAUUAUUAGACAUUGGCAACCACGUCGUUUUAAUCUGAGUGGAACAUAAUUCAAUGAUUGGAAUACAAAAGUAUAUUUGCUUGUAAUAUUUGCAUAAAAUCAAUAUUAUCAACAUGAGAAGAAUUUACAUAUUCUAUCUCAACAACACAUGGCACUUACACUGCAAUGUAUUUUUACAUCAUUUUCAACUUUCGAGCGAUUUGGUAUAUGGGAAGCAGAGCAUUUUUUUUUUUCAAUUCAAUUUAUUUUGUUCCAAAUCUCAAUGAUGAUAUAGUUUUUUUUUUACAAACUCAUGUAAGUUUUAUUUAUAAAUGUUAAUAACGUCCAAUAGUAAGCCGCUAGAACACCGAGACGUUUAAUACAAGUUAAGCGCAACUUAAAUGUAGGAGCCCUUUUAUAUUCUAUAAUAUUUUUCUUUGUGUCUAACGUUAUAUAAAGAUAUAUUCCGUAAUUUAAAAACUCUAAAAAAUACUAAAUUUGAUACAACACUUCACCCAUAAAACAGAUGGGUGAAGGUCGUUUCUAAUACGGAUCUUGAACUAUUUUACUGUGAUUCUAUUCCCCAUUCUGUGGUCGUCCAUCAUGGCCGAUGUAGUAGGGCUACCCUUUAAGAUGCGCUUGAUGUCUCAAUGUUCGUGAUAAAAGGCAACACGAGCACGCUUGUGCGUAACCGAGCAUUUAGAAUGAGAUUAAAAUAAAGCCACGACGCUGUGGCUUGUCUCAAAACAUAAAAUGUUGCGUUUUCUAUAUCUGUUUUAUCAUGUGCGACAGCAUGUUACACACAUUUUCCAGUGUGUAGUAAGUACUGUAUUGAAAAUUUGUUGAAAAUUUUACAAACACAAAUUGUCUUUCUUUGACUAAUUUAAAUAAAACACAUGGAUAUACAGAUAAAACUGAAUGUAUGAUUUUUGGUGCUUAUGUGGGUAUUAUUAAAAUUAACUUUCUAUAAUGUAUCUUUCAGUAAAUUAUGUUUGUCAGUUACCUUAUUAUUUCAAGAUCGUCGUUUGAGUUCAGUCACAGCGUCGUUGUUUGUCACCACGACAAUUAUUAUAAUAUAGAUGAUUUAUUCUAUAAAGUAAUUUAGAUUUGAUACAAAAGGUAUGAUGAUAAUUAUACUUAAGUAGAAACGAUUGAUCUUUACUGUUUAAUGCUUUUACUUGUAAUUUGAUCGGUCUGGCGUCUCCUCACUCACAUAUAUACACGCACGCAUACGCACGUGUCACAUAAAGAUCUAAUUAGCUAAAUUAUUUAUUAAGAAGCCCUUCUUACAUAUUAAUUAAUUUCUAUUUUCUUAAGUUAAAUUGUAUAAUAAAAGUCCAUUUAACAUAAUAACCUAGUUAAUUUAUGCAAAUGUUUGGCAUUUUUGUCUUCAAAAUAUUCACGAGGAAAAUUCAUUAGGUAGGUAUAAAAAUUGAAUAUAUCAUGUUCCAAUAUAUACCUUGCAAUGUACUUGAAAUAUAAAUACGUUCCAACUGAUUCGAAUGACAUAAUAUUUUGAAGUCAACGUAAUGUAUCGCAUAAUUAUGUGUUACAAUAAUAAAUAUUGUCUUAUUUGUAUUACCACACUAAUUCUAUGUAGAUUAGUUAGUUACACCUCUUUAUUUCUGAACUACUGUGGAUAUGCAUUGUGACGUCAUGACAAAUACAACAUGGCCGACAUGCGCAAACAAAAUAACAUUCAUGUUUGAUUAUUUUACAAAAAUUGAGGAAUGGCUUAAAUCACCAUUAUAUGUAAACAUAGAUAUACAUUUCACCUUCAUAUAAUAUACACUACACAAAUCGACACGUAUUCUCACAUUUUGCUAAUACUAAAACCAUACACUGUAUAAUAAUUGUAAAAAUUCUAGUGACUUGACGCCAGGCUGUGUAUAUUUAGGUUCCUUAUUUAUUUAUUGUGAUGAUUAUAUUCGCGGUAUAGAUAUAAAAGAUGACACAAACCUAAAUUAAGGAAUACUCUGAGUUUUGUGAACGUUUAGCCAGCAGACAGAAAGGGUUUUUUUGGAGUUUACUCCUUAAGAAUGGAUUUUUCAUAUAUAGCCCCCGGUAUGAAAAAAUAUGGACAGUAAAAUUCGAUGAACGAAUGACAGCGUUACGUUUUUUGUGUCCAACCUAUUCUGCGCACCUUUCACCGACGUAAGACGUACAUAGUGUAUGCUGCGGGGCAACACACCUAUUUAGACAGAUUUAGACAUCUGAUCUGAUCUGAUCACACUUUUUUUCUAAGUUCUGCUUUCUUCGUUCUUUGUAAUGUAAGUUAAUAGCACGCAGCGUGGCACAAUUAUCCGCCCACUUUAAUUGUGCCUCUGAGUAGGUAUAUUUGUUACAUAAAUAUUUCUCCACAGAUUGGCGAGUAAACGUUUGUCAAACUCAUAGUAAUAGGUACAGUGUUUCUGAUUAUUUAUAAUGCUGUUAAGUUAGCCGCUAAGUUAUUUAGAAUAUAUUUUGCGCAUUUUUAUUAUCGUUAUUGAUUCUGCAGAAUCGCAUCCGAAUACUUUGCACCGUACUUGUGACAUCACGUUUAUGAAUGUGGCCAUUGCUGUGGUUGAUUGGAUUUUAUUAAUAUGACACCGUAGACAGAGAAAUAAAUAGACAACUGUUCGGCAUGCCAUCCCACAACACUGCUGAAAAAAUUCACUAAUAUAUUUUAUGCUAACUGGUUAGGUACUUAAAAUUUACAAAUAGUUGAGCUGUCAUUUCGUGCUCGCAAUACUUGGACCAUCGUUGUGCCUGAAAAAACACCAAACAUUUAAUCGCAUUGUCUCGUUUUCUUACAGUCGACGGAAUAAAUUGUUCUCUUUGAUAUUGGAUGCUUCCUAUAUCUAUUUACUUCCCUGUCUACGCCUGACACGCGUCGCGUCGUGCUUAAAGUGUCUGAUAAUAAACGCAAGACGGCAUUUAUUUAUGAAGCAACGUCUUCGUUCUACUGAAGACACACACCAAACACAUACACAGUGUGUAAAUGUUUUGACGUGACAGAUUAAAAUAAUCGAGAACUUAAAAGACAGAUUUUGUAUAGUUCAGACAACAUUUUUGAUAUCAUUCUCGAAUACUGAAAAUUCAACAAAUGAAACUAUGGGUAGUUUUAGCGCUGGUUUUAUAAUAGCCAAGUUCCUACGUAUUUAAUAUGUCAUCAUCAGUCUUACAAACUACAUGUCAAAGUUCGGUGCAAGUCUCAUUGGCCCUGAUUGUCUCUGACAUGGAAAUCCUAAUUAUUAUCUCAGUGCACUGUUAAUGGCACUGGUGUUAAGUGUUGUAUACACGAUUGCGUACAAAACUAUCUCAAUGAUGACGAAAUGCAUCUAAUCUAACGUAACGAAAUAUUUGCUUCUUUAGUUUAAAACUAAAUUUAUUUCAGAGAUAAAAAGGUCUCUACACACUCAAUAAUCGUACUAGAGCGUAAGCAUUGUUCUGGCAAUAGUAAAAUUUAUUCUAUGUGCCGUUUCACCCUACCCUACAUAAUAUUGAAUGUGUGAGGCCUCUAUCCCUAUCAUAGAGAAUGAGGGUCUCCAUAGACGCGCUACUUUUUUUUAUUUUAUUUAUAAUUACAAUGUAAUGAAGCAAAUAUAUACGAAUAAUUGUAAAAAUCAA